UUACUUAGGAGUCCUGCAUCAAAUUCCAUACAGUCUAAUAGAAACAGUCUAAGCCGUGGAGCAUCGACUGAAAAUAAUAAUUUUAAUGUACAGAUGCAAAGUCCUAUGCAAAGUCCAAUGAGCGUUAGCCAAAUUCAAAAUCCUGUACUUAGCCCAUAUCCUCCUGCUAAAAGUCCUCACAUGUUAAGUAAUAACUCGCUGAAUAACAGAAGUCCAGUUAUAGGGGGUAGUCCUGGUCCGCCAUUGGUCAGACCAAAUACACCCAUCUUGCAACAGAGUAUGCAAGUAUUGCAGAUAAUUCAUGGUACACCACAAGGAUAUCAGCAAACGCCUACGCAAUUAGUAACAAGGACGCAUCUGUUUGGAAAUCAUCAACAAAUUCAAAUAGCGGCUACUAAACCGGCCAAACAACCACCACAAAUUUUGCCUAAGCCACCAAAUCAACAAAAUACUACUUCUCAACAAAAGCCUCAAUGUGUAACAACAACUAUUACGAACCAGGUCACGCAACAAACGCAACCACAGAUUGUUCUUGCUGGUCCACAACCAAAUCCUACAACUGCGACAAUGAUACCUACUGCUCAAGGUCUUUUAUUGAACCAGGUUCUACCAUCAACUGGACCAGUUAUUGUUCAACAACAACCAGGUGGUGUUCAACUUAUACUAAGGACACCAGCAAGCGCCCAGCAACAAACCCAUACUGCACAGCUAAUGCAACAACAACUGGUAAGAGUUGUCACAGCUCAAGGUAUGCAACUGCAAGGAAUUGCGCCUACAUUUUUUGCCGUACCAAAUGGCUUUCAACCGGCCGCAUCACCAGUGAUUAGACAUACUCCCUCCAGCCCUGUUCCAGCUAAUACAGGUGCUAGCAAUUCUAUCGUAAUUCAAAAUGCUAUGGUACAAAGUCCCCAACCACAACAAAUAACGCAAGUUGGUACAGCUAAUACAUCUGGUAAUACUACGUGUACUCAAAAUAUCGUUGAACACAAUUUACUACCUCCGCCAAAGAAGAAAGCAAAGAAGAAGAAAAAAGCUAAAAGAAAAGACGAUGAACCUCCAAAAUUAGAUUUGGCUAGCAUUAUAAAAAUAUCAGGAAUUGGAGAUGAAGAUGAUAUGUUUGACUCUGAUAAAACAGAUGUGUCGUGUCCAGUUCAAGUAGAAUCUAAUAUAGGACAAACUUUAACUCAAGUUACACCGCAAGUGACAGUAGCCAGUUCAAUAGCUCAAAAUCAAGCACAAGUACCUGUAGCGAAUACAAUGAAUACGCAAGCCACUGUUGCUUCUCAAGGAUUUAACAGUCAGCUUGUUGCUCAACUUCAAAUGCCUGUACAGAAUACGAUAUCAGGAUUACGUCUGGCAGUUGGAGAAGACGGAAGGGUUGUCUUACAUCAUACUCCUGAUCCAAAUCAACCGGAAUUAGAUCAAGCUACUGCUCAAGCAUUAAUAAGAUCUCUUACGCAAGGAAGCAGUCAAAAUGCUCAGAUUAUGUCUCAUUUGCUGGGUCAAGCACAGACCGUAUCACAAAGUGUUCCAAGUAAUGUGGUGCAAAGACAGAAAUAUGUGCAGUCACCUAGCAAUCCAACAUCUACCAAUACUACGAGUUCAAUAUGUUCACAAAAUGUUAUUUGUACGACAAGUCCAGUGCAACAUAUGCAAACGUGCUCGAAAGUAAAUAAUCCACAAAAAAUUGUAAAUAUUUCUCAUGAUGCCAAUUCUACGUCAAAUACUUGCGUGCAAAAUAGUCAAGGAUCGUUGCACACUGUAGAUAUGCAAAUUUCUAAAAAUGUUAACAUACAACAUCUUAUACAAACACCGAAGAAUAUUCAAUCAUCAAAUGCUAAUAUAUCAUCUAGUAAUAGCAUUUCAACAUCUUCAGAUGUUGUAACAUCUAAACCUUUGUGUACAACCUUUAGUAUACAAAGUUCUCGAUUGUCAAAUACAAAUCAGACAAAUAUCAAUCAACAUUUGUCCAAUAUUCCAACACAAAAAUCUAGUCAAGUGCGCCUUACGAAUUGUAUUAAUUGUAUUAAUACUAAUAUACGUCAGAAUUUGAAUAAAUCAUCGCAACACAGUACUCACGUUCAAAAAUCUAUAUCUAACAAUGCAGGAGUAUCAAGUGAACAUAUUGUCAAAAGCAAUCAGAAUCAACAAUCGAAUCAGCAAGAAUCAUUAAAUUUGCAAGAAUCGCAAUUAUAUCAGCAUAAUCAGCAUCAGCAAAUAACUGCACAAACUGUACAAACUCAAAAUGUGCAACACGUAUUCGAGCAAAAUUUACAAGCAGCCAGUUCAAAUAUACAACAUAAUUCUGUAAAUAUGUUACAACAAAGUUCAUGUAAUACUAUACAGCAUGAUAGUAUGAACGUUUUACAGCAACAUUCUAGUAUCCAACAAAAUACAAUCAAUGUGAUGCAACAAAAUACAUCUGGUAAUGUGCAAAGUAUAGAGCAAAAUGUACAGACUGGUACAAGUGAUAUGCCUUUAGGUCAACAGAAUGUAAUAGCUAGAUUACAACAACAAAAUACAUCUUUAUUACACAAUACGAAUGUGCAACAAAAUAUGAAUGUACAACAGCAAAAGAUCGUUUCUGCAAACACAUUUUCUUCUGUCAACGCGCAUCAGUACGAGUCUCAAAACUCGACUAAUGUUAUGCAACAGGGUAUUAACACGCAACAAAAUAAUCAACAUCAAAAUAUUCUUAUUACCAGUACUCCUGUAGCUACUAACACUCAUCAAAGUGAAUCGCAAAAAAUAGAACCGCAAGCUAGUAAUGUGCUCAAUUCGGCGACUAAUAAUAUUUUAAACAAUGCACCCAAAAUUACCCCAGAAAUUUUGAAUGCAUUGAGCAAUUUAAAUCCGAAUGAUCAAUUAUUAAUUGCUAAUGCGAAUGGACAAAUGCAAGUAAUAAGCCAACAAUUCUUGCAACAUUUAUUAACUGGACAAUUGAAUGCUACAAAUCAGACACAAAAUCAAAAUCAAACGCAGAAAAUAGUCAUUGGAGAACCAGAUGCGAAUAACCAAAAUUUACAAGGUGUUCAGAUUAAUACCCCUACCAGUCAAAUAAUAGUCAAUAGUUCUGGCGGAGCUCCCACAAUUCAAAAUAAUAUACAAAAUAUAGUUGUCCAAGCUGCUCCAUCGCAAAUGCCACAUCAUAUACAGAUUCAAAAUUCUGGUUUUCCAAAUCAAUUCAUCGACAAUCUAAAUCAACAGCAAAUAAGGAAUUUGGGCAAUAAUCCACCGAAGAAAGCAAAAAUUGUGAAAAGAGCUAAAGUUGCUGUUACCACGCAAAAUGUUGGAAAUACACAGACGACAAGAACAAUUACCAUCACUCGGCCAACAAGUGUAACAACAACAAGCACGUCUAAUUUGCAAAAAGUUGACAGCAUUAAUAAAAUAGGAAAUGUUGUAUGCCAGAAUACAAAUACCAGUAAAAGCGAACCUACACAGAUUAUCACAAAUGGUCCUUUGAUAUCUUCGUCACCCAGUAGUCACGUGUCUAUUCCUUCAAAUGGACAAAUGGUCCAGAGAGUGCAGACUAUACAACUACCUACGAAUAAACAACAUUCAUUAAAAAAUAUACAAUCACAAAUACAAACUAUUAUAACGCGGAAGUUUAGUCAGCCAUCGGACUCAGCUAAUUUAACAAAAUUGUAUCAAGAACAACACAAAAUCAUAUCAAGUGGGAAAGUGGUCAGUACUACAACUCAUCCUAUUAACAAUGGACCAGAGACAAACUUUAACGUCAAUGUUGUGGCAACGCUAGCUACUAAUACACAGUCGCAAAAUACAUAUAAAAAUCAAACAUCAUCUGUUCAACCACAAACUCAAACAUCUACUGCUACUUUACCAGUAGUAACGUCAAAUCUAAAUACAACUACAUCUACUUCUUUACAAAACAAUUCAAAUAAUAAUUAUAUGAACAAUCUUCCGGUUACACAAAAUGUUCAGGUUCAACAAUGUGUAGUAUCAAACAACUCUACCCAAAAUGUGCAUCAGACGCACACCAAACAGCACAAGUUUUAUCAAAAUCAUGGAAAUCAGAUGAUCAAUCCGUCCUGUACUAAUUUGCAACUGUUCUCACCACCAAGUACCUCCACAGCUCCUAUGCAAAAUAACGCACAACAGCAAUUACCCCUAGUUCAAACACAACAAGUAGGCAUGCAACAAUCUACGCAAUGUCAAACGGAUCCAUUGGACGUAAAACCAAAUAUACAAACACCGAGUCCUGUUAAGCAAGAACUUUCCUCGCCAAUUCAAAUUCAAGUCCAAAGUGGUUCUCCUGCAGGUCAGGUAGCCUCACCUAGAAUGAUUGGUAAAGGAACUCAAAGGAUUCAGAGCCCUGUAAAUAAUCCUGGAAAUUCAAGUAAACAACAACAACAACAACAACAGCAACAACUUGUCAGUCCAGGAAGUGUCUCGAGUCCUUUGAUAAGUCCUAGACAAGGUGUGAAAAGGCCAGCAUCAAGUCCGAUUUGCAGGCAAUUCAAUCGUAGUGAUUUAUUGGAACAACAAUUAAAAAUCGAUCAAAAUGAAGCAAGUAAUCCAGAUGUAAAUACUCCAUUUUUAAACAAAUAUGAUGCUUGUAAACGGCUCGUUAGAUAUCAUUGUUUAAAUGAACAAGUUUUAAGUACUAAAGAUUUAGCUAAAGCGGACGAAAUUUUUGAAGAAACGGCUAAACACUUAUUGACCAAAUUUAAUUCUAUGAUGAAUAAAUACACAUAUCUUCUCUUAAUGGAAAGUAUGAGAGAAGUAAGAACGUCGGAAUUAAUGAUGAUAGAUAGAACCUUUGUUGCUGAGGAACAAAAUAGGCUAAAUAGGUUGCGUGAACAGGAGGCCAAAGUUAAUGAAGAAUUUAAGAAAGAGGAAAAACCACUGGUACCAAAAGUUGAGCCUGGUCUUGUGGAAGAUGACAAGCUAUCAUCGCCUUUAGAAAACGUCUCGGUGAAGCGCGAAUUAGAAGAUGAAUUUUCAACGGAAGAAUUAGAAUCUAAGCCAUUGAUAAAACAAUCUAGUUGUACAAGUGGUGAUUACGAUGAGUGGCUUGAAAUUCAAAAAGAACUCGGUGUAUAUCCGUCUGCCACGGACUCUUUUAAAUGUAAGAGCACUAAUAAUAGUGGCAGUAAUGGUGCAUGUACUGUGGGUAUUUCUAAAUCAUCUAAAAACGAAAGAACAAGGGCUAACGGUGAUUGUCGUGUUAAUGUUGCAAAUACAAGUAUUUCCGGAAGUUCGAAUACCAUUGUAAAGGACAAUUGUAGUGAUCAAGAUAAUACUGCUGUUUUUGAAAGACGUUGGAGUAGUGCUACGGACCUCGAAAGAGAUUUAUUAGAAGACACUGAAAGUUUGGAUGGUUUAGCAUUACAUUCUCAAGCUCAAUGUCCAGGCUCUCUUCAUGUAAGUAACGAAAGUGGAAACGAUAAUGAACAUGAUGACAUUACCGCACAGGUACAAUCUGCUAUUGAUAGCAUUUUAAAUCUUAAAAAACUUCCUACAAACACUUUAUCUGGCAAUAGUGGUAGUAGUGCAUCGCAAUCCAGUGAAUCAAAGGACACAGUGCUUGAUCAAGCAGUCUGUAGCAUACUAGGCUCGUGACCCUCCUUUAACAAAGUAUGUUAAAAAAGUGAAGUUAAUAGUGAACAUCAAGCUGAUUAUUAACCUUCCAAAUUUUAGACGAAUUUUAGACAAACAUUUUCUUCUGUGAGUUUCCGCAAUAAGCAGAAGGACUUUCUUUGCUAUUGAUUCUGUAGGAUCACCUUCAAAACGUUUACGUUUUGAAAUCUCAUUUCUUAAAAGCGUAUUUAAGAAAGUAAUGUGAUUUUAAAUUUUGUUUUUAUACAUGUAUAUGAACGUAUUGUAACAGACAAAUUGGAUUAAGCAAAUAUGUGAUUCAGUAUGAUUUUUUAAAAGUUUUUUCAUUCAAGCUUAUGUUUUACAAAGGCAAUAACUACUCAUAACAAAAGGAUAUGUAUACUUUACCGUAGUAAUGUAGGUGUAAUAAAGUAAUCGUGUUAAUCUAAUUCUAGCAGCUGUACAUGUGGAUAGAUAUAUACAUAUAUAUAUAUAUAUAUAUAUAUAUCUAUAUAUAUAUAGAUAGAUAGAUAGAUUACUUGCUCAGAUUUUUCAAUCUGCCACUUUGUAAUGUAAUUUUGUAAAAAGUAAUUAUUUAAAGCAACUAUUCCACUUUGUCUGUAGUACUUGUAGGCAAAUCUUAUAGAUACUUAAAUAUGGGUUGGUGAAUUGUACAUACGUUUUUAACGUGUAUUAUUAUUAAUAUUAUUAUUAUUAUUAUUAUUAUUAUUAUUAUUAUUAUUACUAUUAUUUGUA